AUGGCGAAGGCUUAUCCGAGAGCCACCGUGAAAAAGAUUAUCAAGGCGCAUUCCAACAUGAAUGUUCAGAAGAAUGCAGACGUCACAAUCUUCCUGAACUAUGUGCUUUUUAUGGAAACACUUGUAAAGGAAGCUGCCAUCUACGCAAAGCAGUCUGGUGAAAGGGGAUUGACGGCGAGAAGCGUAAACAAGGUUACUCGGGACACGCUGGCCAAAUUCAAGGGCUGA